AUGACUUUCCCAGCGACCAACGCGGACGCGGAUCCCGACCCUACGACCCAGAUACCCUGGCCCUCGAGGAACGGGAAACGGCACGGUCCUGUGUCAGACCAAGUGGGCGCUGCUGAAGAUGGACAGAGCUCUACAACCGGGAAGAGGACACGUACACCUGAGAGGGAUGGCGAUGGCGACCGUCGCAGGAUGUCCACGCUGGACCUCAUGAAACUGAGUGUGUCUAUGGCCGGAUCGCAAGUUGCCUGGACGGUCGAGCUUGGAUACGGCACUCCGUUCCUACUCUCCUUGGGGCUGUCUGAGACGCUUACGAGCCUUGUGUGGUUGGCUGGUCCGAUCAGUGGACUCAUCGCGCAACCUGUCAUUGGUGCGAUCUCUGACGCGUCCACCUCGAAGUACCGUAGGCGGUACUGGGUUAUGUUGUCCACGGCCGUACUUGUCUUCUCGACUUUGACGCUUGCAUACUGCCAGCAAAUCGCUGCCGUCUUCGUCGACCUAUUCGGCGGAGGUGCUGGAAGCUGGGAUCCUCAAUGGAUCAAGCAGGUUCAGAACACCGCUAUCGCACUGGCCAUUAUUUCAUUCUAUCUGUUGGACUUCGCACUCAACGCGCUGCAAGCAUCCUUACGAAACUUACUCCUGGAUGUCACUCCGCCCUCGCAGCUAAAUGCCGGAAAUGCAUGGCACAGCCGGAUGCUGAACGCCGGUAAUAUUGUUGGGUAUGGGUUCGGAUUCUUGCCGCUUGCGAACAUGCCGAUCCUUCGUCUGCUGGGCGGUGACCAGUUCCGCAAGUUCUGUGUUGUCAGCAUGGCAAUCCUGGUCAUCACCGUGUGGAUUACGUGUUGGACACAAGAAGAGAAGGAGCGCGAGUCACGGCGCAUCGAGAAAGAGAACAAGCUGCGGGACAUCCUGGACAAUAUUUACAACGCGAUAGUCCACCUCCCGAAACCGAUCAGGCGUGUAUGCUAUGUACAGAUCUUCGCGUUCAUGGGCUGGUUUCCUUUCCUGUUCUAUGCCACCACCUACAUUGGCCAGGUAAUGGCAUACGAGCUUCAAUCAGAUCCAGACAAGGACACAGCUACUCGGAUGGGAGAGUUCGCCAUGCUCAUCUACAGUAUUGUGGCUGUCGUUGCGGGAGCAACUCUUCCUCGUCUCGCCCGCCGGGAUACACGUCUUCUGGCCCACGAGGGUGAUGACGAGGACGAGGACGCUGAAUUGACCCGCCUGCGUGCGACUGUCAUGGAAUGGAGGGCCGACGCGGCACGCAAGGGCCAGCCGUUGCGGCUCCCCUGGAUGCCGUUCUUCCUCCGAAACAUCUGGUCCGGUGCCAUGAUACUGUUCGCAAUAAUAACGUUCUCGACAUUCUUCAUCACGAAAGUUUGGCAGGCUGUGAUCGCCGUGAGUUUGGUCGGCAUUUGCUGGGCCGUUGCUUGCUGGUGUCCAUUUGCUAUCAUCAUGGAGUUCCUGAAGGAGCGCGAGCACGAGCACAGUGCAGAGGAGCCAACAGUUGUUGCCACGGACUAUGCCAGUCGCCCGUCGCACAGUCGCACAAGGUCGACGCCUGCCAUAGUCCGCCGUAGGAGUGACGACGGCGAGCACGCACCCCUGCUUCGCCGCCGCCGCUCCUUCAACCAGGAUGAGCUUGACGCAAUGCCUGCGGAGACGCAGUCUGUAGCGGGAGGCACGAUCCUUGGCAUCCACAACUUAGCGAUUGUGUUCCCUCAGUUCAUCAUUGCACUUGUAUCGAGCGCUAUCUUUCACGUCGUCGACGCGGACAUUGACAACGAUCCUGCUCACCAUACGACAUACUACGGCAAGAAUGGUGUUGCCUGGGUCCUCCGCUUCGGUGGUCUCUGUGCUCUGUGCGGCGCCGCCUUCGCUCGCAUGGUCCCUCCAACUCGCACCGAGAAGGAGAUGCGCCGGCGGCUCGCCGAGCUGAAGGUGCUCCAGGAGGAAGACACGCCCUGA